GAAAACCUAACUAGAUUCGGUAGUCGGCAUCUCACCAUCUCGCGCCACCCUCUAUCUUCCUCAUCUCUGAACAUGGACAGCGCCGUCGAAGAAACCGCCAAAGCAGUCCCCAAUUUGGAAAUGGAUUCUGCCGCACCUGCUGAAAAACAGAGCAAAAAUGCACUCAAGAAGGAACUUAAGAAUAAGCAGAGGGAGGAGGAGCGUCGCCGCAAGGAGGAGGAGAAGGAUGCCAAGCUGGCCGCUGCAGCAAAGACUGGCGCCCAGAGUCAGAAAUCUACAGGUGCAGAAGACAAGGAUAUGGAUCCAACACAAUACUUUGAGAAUAGGCUGAAAUUUCUUGCAGCUUAGAAGGCAGAGGGGAAAAACCCAUAUCCCCAUAAGUUCUUGCAUCCGUAUCUAUUGUUGAAUAUGUAGAGAAGUAUGGAGGCUUAGGCAAUGGGGGGCAUAUGGAGGAUAUCACUGAAGCUUUGGCAGGUCGAAUCAUGAGCAAACGGGCAUCCGGUUCAAAGCUGUUCUUUAAUGAUUUGCUGGUGGUGCUAAAGUUCAAGUUAUGGCUGAUGCCAGGAAUGUAAUCUAUUCAUUUUCUUACUCGGAACUU